AUGCUGGCGCUGUCGGGGCUGGAGCUCCCACGGCUGGAGGAGGGCGCCGAGGAAGUCUUCUUUGGGGUGGACCCCGGCCUUCUCCGCGGCCUCGCACGCAGGGUGCGGGUGCUGCCGCGGGGGUUGGCGUUGCAGCAGCAGGCGCGGACGAGCGCGCGGGUGUGGGUGGAGGGGCAGCUGCGCCACGCGCGGCGUCACGGAGACCCUCACGCGAUGAGUGGCUCCGACUUGGACGGCAGCGACGACGACGACGACGACGACGACGCCGGCGGGAACGGCGAGGGGCGGCGGCAGCAAACUUUUCGUCGGAAGAAGUUCGUUAAGCUGACGGACGAGGACCUGAGCGUCGACUGGUACGAGGUGCUGCAGCUGGGCCAGGGGGACGGGUCGACGGAGGAGCAGAUCCGCGCCGCCUACCGCCGCCGCUGCCUGGAGACGCACCCAGACAAGCAGAAGGACCACUCGGAUGAGGCCUUCAAGAAGGUGCAGCGCGCCUUCGACGUCCUCGGCGACGCCGAAACCCGUCUGGCGUACGACUCCUCCCGCCCCUUCGACGACUCCAUCCCCGGCGAGACGCUGCCGGCGGGGGCGGACUUCUACGCCCUCUUCGGGCCCGUCUUUGAGCGCAACAAGAAGUGGAGCAGCGAGCGGGACCUGCCGUCCAUCGGUGACGACCGUACAGGCCUAAAGGCGGUGUACCGGUUUUACGACCGCUGGGCGCGGUUUCAGUCCUGGCGCGACUUCUCGCACCUGGUGGAGCUCGACGAGAUCGACGACAGCAUGUGCCGCGAGGAGAAGCGCUACUACGCGCGCGAGAACGAGCGGCAGCUGAGCCACCUCCGUCGGGAGGAGCAGCAGCGGCUGCGGACGCUCGUGGAGCGGGCCCGGAAAAAUGACCCCCGACUGCGCCGCAAGCGCGAGGAGGAUGAAGCGCGGCGGCAGCGCGAGAAGGAGGAGAGGGAGCUGACGCGCCGUCAGGCACGAGAGGAGGAGGAGCGGCGCCGUGCGGAGGAAGAGGAGCGGGAGAGGCUCCAACGGGAGGAGGCGCAACGAAAACAAGUGGAGAAGAAAAAUGAAAUUCGUCAGGCACAAAAAGACUUGCUGGAGUUUCUGGAGCGGCACGGCAUCCUUGACGAGACGGCGACUAACAAGCUCCUGCGCCACGCGGUGCGGCGGCCAAAUGUCGCGUGGAUCUUCUCAAAGGUCAGUGCACCCGAGCAGGCUGCCGCUAUUCUCUCUGCGGUGACGGGCUGCAGUACGGAGCGGCGUCCCGCUGUCGUCGCCGCCGCGGCGCACGGAAACAAGGGCAACCGACCGGACGACGAAGACGACGAGGGCGUAACUGUGGAGGCGGUUCUCCGCUUCAACGCCCUGAUUGAGGAGCACGAGCAGCGCAUUGGGGUGACGCGCUACGGCGAGCCCAUCAAGAAGCCCCCAGUCUCCUCCACGAGUGGGCCGGGAGCAGCCAAGAGGGCCGCCCCUGCAGCGGCAGCCAACUGGGACGAGGAGGACCUGGUGCGCCUGCAGAAGGCGACCGCGAAGUACCCACCCGGCGCGGUGGACCGUUGGAGGAAGAUCGCCGAACUGCUGCGGGGCAAGUUCACAGAGGAGGAGGCGAUGAGGAAGGUGAAUGAAAUUACCGCCGCACUGCAUCAUGCAAACACCCACAACCAAACCCCGAGUGCCUCGGUGCAGCAGCCAGGCCCCAAGUUGGACGCAUCCAGCGCUGCCGCCGUGGGUGCAGGUGCGGCGGCGGUCCCUCAGGUUCCAUCCGUAGAGGACUGGACUGCGAAGCAGCAAAAAAUGCUGGAGCAGGGGUUGCGGGAACUGAAGGAUUACAAGGAGAGGGAUAAGUUUCAGAAGAUUGCGGCGAUAGUGGAAGGCAAAAAUGCAAAGGAGUGCUUUGAACGAUAUAAAUAUCUCUGCAGUAUGAAUAAGCGUAAAUAA